AUGGCGGAGAAACACUUGAUUGUCGUCCACAACUUCCUCAAAGACAGGGACGCCUAUGGAUUUGCCUUGAGACCUCAACACGUUCAGAGAUAUAAAGAAUACCUUAGCAUCUAUACGGAGGAAGAGACAGAGAGGGCAGAGAAAUGGAAAAACUUCCUUGACCGGCUACAAGAUUCUGCUGCACUUAGCUCCUCGGAAGAUGAGUUUCAGGAGGCUGAUGGUCCGGACUCUGGAGAGGAGAGUGCUUCAGAGGAAGUUUCAAGAAACGGUAAACAUGACGAAUGUAAACUUGAUGGUACAAAAGUGCAGCAUCUUGAACAAGAUAGCCCUGAAUCAAUUGGUGAGCUUUCAAAAGAGAGAGGACCAGCCGAGGAGGCGAAGGUUCCUGAAGAGCACAAAUACUUGAGGGAGAAGAGUCUUGGAAGAUACAGCAAACCUGUGAAGGAUGAUGAUGAGGAGCAAUAUGAUGAAUCUGAGAAAGAGAAGGAAUUUUCAGUCAAAAGUGAAAAAUCUGACCAAGAGCGUGAUAAAUCUCAAUCAGUAAAGGAAGCCGUAGAUAAUGUACACCUUCAUCAAAAAAAUGCAACGGAAAACCCUGUGGUUGAAGCAGAUAAAUGUGGAUUGGAACAUGAAAAAGGAUUAAAAGAAACAAAGACCCGUUCGGUUAUAGAAUGGGCUCAUAAUAGUCCUUGUCUUGCGUCCAUAGAGGCCAUGAUGUGCAGUCGUGUUAAGAAGGUAAAGAAUAUGAAAAACAGGAAGAACACUUUGGAAGGGGACCAUGCUUUAUCAAUAAAAAAAUCGCUGCCUUCCAUUGGAGAGUCUGAACAAAAAUCUGGUGAAAAUGACCGUGACAGUGAGACUUCCACGGGUGGAUGUGAUUCAAUUAAGGAAGAAAACGAUGCUCACUGUAGUGAUUCUCCAGAGCCAUUUUUCCCUUGGUAUGAAGAACUUGAGGUACUUGUUCGUUUGGGAGUGCCAAAGGAUCUCAGAGGGGAGGUCUGGCAAGCCUUUGUAGGUGUAAAGGCAAGACGAGUUGAGGGAUACUAUCAGGACUUGUUGGCACAAAUAACUGACUCUGAUGAAACCAAAGAACAUCCUAGCUCAUCUGAAAUACAAAGAAAAUGGAAAAAACAAAUUGAGAAGGAUAUACCUAGGACAUUCCCAGGUCACCCUGCUUUGAAUGAGAAUGGUCGAGAUUCCUUAAGGCGGAUACUCCUAGCUUAUGCUUGUCAUAACCCAUCUGUUGGCUACUGUCAGGCUAUGAACUUCUUUGCUGGAUUGUUGCUUCUGUUGAUGCCAGAGGAAAAUGCAUUUUGGACUUUGGUUGGAAUUAUUGAUGAUUAUUUUGAUGGCUACUAUACAGAAGAGAUGGUAGAAUCUCAGGUUGAUCAACUAGUCUUUGAAGACUUGAUGCGAGAAAGAUUUCCAAAGCUUGUUAAUCAUCUGGAUUACUUGGGAGUGCAGGUAGCAUGGAUAUCUGGACCAUGGUUCCUAUCUAUUUUUGUAAAUAUACUUCCUUGGGAAUGCGUUCUGCGGAUGUGGGAUGUGCUUCUCUUUGAAGGAAACCGUGUAGUGUUAUUCAGAACAGCUUUUGCUUUAAUGGAACUAUAUGGUCCUGCAAUUGCUGCCACACAAGACGCAGGAGAUGCGAUAACUUCACUACAAACACUUGCUAGUUCAACGUUUGAUAGCAGUCAACUUGUUUUGACCGCUUGCAUGGGUUAUUUAUCUACAAAUGAGGCUAGACUGGAAGAGCUUAGGGAAAUACAUAGACCAGCUGUACUAGAGAUUGUUGAGGAAAGGAUACACAAAGGUCGAGUUUGGAAAGACAAAAAGGGAUUGGCUUCUAAGUUAUAUAGCUUUAAACAUGAAGGCUCAAUCCUAGACGAACAAAAGCCUACUCAAAGGAGUGACGGUGAGAAUCCAGAUGACGAUGAAUCUCGUGCUCCCAAUUGUUCCCUGAACCUGGAUGGCUCAAAUGUUGAUUCAGAAUUAGACUCUCUACCAGAUCUUCAAGAGCAGGCGGUAUGGUUGAAGGUUGAACUAUGCAGACUCUUGGAGGAGAAACGAUCAGCUGUAUUAAGAGCUGAGGAGCUAGAGAUUGCUUUGAUGGAGAUGGUUAAAGAAGAUAACAGACUGGAAUUAAGUGCACGGAUUGAAGAACUGGAAAAGGAAGUCAUAGAACUAAAACAAGUGCUUUCUGACAAAAAAGAACAAGAAACAGCUAUGCUUCAGGUCCUGAUGAAAGUAGAGCAAGACCAAAAGCUUACAGAAGAUGCUCGGUUAAGUGCAGAGCAGGAUGCAGCUGCACAAAGAUAUGCAGUACACGUGCUUCAGGAAAAGAAUGAGAAGCUUGUGGCUCAACUCGCUCAAAUGGAGAAGAGAGUAGUUACAGCAGAAACAACGCUAGAAGCUACUCUGCAAUAUGAAUCUGGUCAAAAUAAAGCUCUAUCGUCUCCAAGGUUUGCUCGGACUCAAGGUUCUGCACAGGAGACCCUUAAAAAGAAGACAGGCUUCCUAUCAUUUGGGCUUGGAUGGCGCGAGAGGAACAAGGCAACACAAUCUGAAGAAUCGAAUGGUGAUAACACUAGUAAUGCAACAUCUAAAACCAAAUCCGAAGAUCUUUUAAAUCUGGAGACAAGACGCUAACCGAUAAAGAGUCUUCACUGCAAAACAUUUUGGAUCCUGAUCAGCCUGCUAAAUAUACUUCUUGGGGGAUCGUUAAGAGGCUGAUGCGUUGUCGGAAACUCAUUUUUUGAUGAAGUUACUCUAAGCUUUGUUUCUCAAGGCUUCCAUCUUCAGGAGCUUGAUAUCUGCU